AGGCAGCUCAGCAACGACUUGAUAAAAUCCCAACUGCUUCGUCUCCCUCGACCGACUUGUAACCUCUUUCCAUCAUCAACCAAUUCUCUGUCACACAUCAAGCGAGGUCUCUACAUCUCCUCCAGAUUUCCUUUUUUCUCUCCAUCGAGGUUUUGCAACUCUGAUUUGCACUCGACACUACGAUUCUGUGAUACCCCACAACCUCUUUUCUCCCGCACAACCCUUCAAAACACACACCACAACACCACUUUCCUCCACAACAAACAAUCACCAUGGCUCCCGCUGUUGGUAUUGAUUUGGGUACCACCUACUCCUGCGUGGGUAUCUUCCGUGAUGACCGCAUUGAGAUCAUCGCCAACGACCAGGGAAACCGGACCACCCCUUCCUUCGUCGCCUUCACCGACACUGAGCGUCUGAUUGGAGAUGCCGCCAAGAACCAGGUCGCCAUGAACCCCCACAACACCGUCUUCGACGCGAAGCGGUUGAUUGGCCGCAAGUUCCAGGACUCUGAGGUCCAGGCCGACAUGAAGCACUUCCCCUUCAAGAUCAUCGAGAAGGGUGGCAAGCCCAACAUCGAGGUUGAGUUCAAGGGCGAGACCAAGACCUUCACCCCAGAGGAGAUCUCCUCCAUGGUCCUCACCAAGAUGCGCGAGACCGCUGAGUCCUACCUGGGUGGCACCGUCAACAACGCUGUCAUCACUGUUCCUGCCUACUUCAACGACUCUCAGCGUCAAGCGACCAAGGACGCUGGUCUCAUUGCUGGCCUGAAUGUUCUGCGUAUCAUCAACGAGCCCACCGCUGCCGCUAUCGCCUACGGUCUUGACAAGAAGGUCGAGGGCGAGCGCAACGUCCUGAUCUUCGAUCUGGGCGGUGGUACCUUCGAUGUCUCUCUCCUGACCAUCGAGGAGGGUAUCUUCGAGGUCAAGUCCACUGCCGGUGACACUCACCUGGGUGGUGAGGACUUUGACAACCGCCUGGUCAACCACUUCGUCAACGAGUUCAAGAGGAAGCACAAGAAGGACCUGAGCACCAACGCCCGUGCCCUGCGUCGUCUCCGCACUGCUUGCGAGCGUGCCAAGCGCACCCUGUCCUCCUCCGCCCAGACCUCCAUUGAGAUCGACUCCCUGUUCGAGGGUAUCGACUUCUACACCUCCAUCACCCGUGCCCGUUUCGAGGAGCUGUGCCAGGACCUGUUCCGCUCCACCCUGCAGCCCGUCGACCGUGUCCUGACCGACGCCAAGAUCGACAAGUCCCAGGUCCACGAGAUCGUGCUGGUCGGCGGCUCCACCCGUAUCCCCCGCAUCCAGAAGCUCAUUACCGACUACUUCAACGGCAAGGAGCCCAACAAGUCCAUCAACCCCGAUGAGGCCGUCGCAUACGGCGCAGCUGUACAAGCCGCGAUUCUGUCGGGUGACACGUCGUCGAAGUCGACCAACGAGAUCCUGCUUCUGGACGUCGCACCGCUGUCCAUUGGUAUCGAGACUGCCGGUGGCAUGAUGACCAAGCUCAUCCCCCGCAACACCACGAUUCCCACCAAGAAGUCGGAGGUGUUCUCGACCUUCUCCGACAACCAGCCUGGUGUGCUCAUCCAGGUGUACGAGGGUGAGCGUCAGCGCACCAAGGACAACAACCUGCUCGGCAAGUUCGAGCUCACUGGCAUCCCGCCUGCGCCCCGUGGUGUUCCUCAGAUCGAGGUCACCUUCGACGUCGAUGCCAACGGUAUCAUCAACGUGUCUGCUCUUGAGAAGGGUACCGGCAAGACCAACAAGAUUGUCAUUACGAACGACAAGGGCCGUCUCUCCAAGGAGGACAUCGAGCGCAUGCUUGCCGAGGCCGAGAAGUUCAAGGACGAGGAUGAGGCCGAGGCUCGCCGUGUCUCUGCCAAGAACGGCCUCGAGUCGUACGCCUACUCCCUGCGCAACACCCUGUCCGACUCCAAGGUCGACGAGAAGCUCGACGCUGCCGACAAGGAGAAGCUUAAGGCCGAGAUCGACAAGGUCGUCAACUGGCUCGACGACAGCCAGCAGGCCACCCGCGAGGAGUACGAGGAGCAGCAGAAGGAGCUGGAGGCUGUUGCCAACCCCAUCAUGAUGAAGUUCUACGGUGCUGGCGGUGCCCCUGGCGGCCCUGGCGGUGCCCCCGGCGGCUUCCCUGGUGCUGGCGGUGCCGCCCCCGGCGCCGGUGGCGACGACGGCCCCACCGUCGAGGAGGUCGACUAAAUGGUUCAUCAAUGAUGCGAGUUGCGGCGAGACUUUGAAUUUGCAGUGCGCGGUCAAUUUGUCUCGCUUGGCGGUGGAGAAAUUCGGAUGGAUUAGACGUUUUCCUUUUUCAUUGUUCAUGAUGACUUAAUGAUACAGGCAAAAGUUCUCGGAUGGGGUAUACAAAGUGCAUGGGCGUACUUAAUUGAUUCCCAGUAUCGAAAUGAAAACAAAGAAAUUCAUAAUACACCUAGUCCCUGAUGCAAUGUGAUGUGACACAAUCUUUUAAUUUUCAUCCUGACGAGAUGAGAAAUGGCCCUCUAUCUGGUGGCGGUAGGCAGUCCUGGGUAUAUUUACGGUAAAAAUAGUUGUACGUGAGGUGAUGUCCCCUUACGAAGUUGUCGCUUUUCUAAUCCUGUCCAUCCUUUCCAUCUCCCACUUCUGGUAUUCAGCAUCGCUGACUGUCGGCGCCUCGACCUGUUCGCUAAAGGCCGAGCCAGGCGGCACCCUCUCACGGCGCUCCCGCCAGACGUCCUCGCUGCUGGGCUUCCCCGGCCCGUAUUUUGCGAGGUGCUUCUUCCUGUAGUGCUCGCGGAUCAUGUUGUCCUUGACGGGCCCCGCCUGGUAGCCCUUGACGCGCAUGCAGAACCAGAAGUCGUCCCAGUUCUCGCUGCACGAGCGCACGCCACCGUACCGGUAGAUGUUGUUCCACUGCCCGCCCAGCGACUGGCAGUAGAAGGCCUGGUUGAAGGCCUGCUCGCAGUCCAUGGUCGUCGGGAGGAUUGACUCGGCGAGUGGGGAGAGGCGUGGCUCGUCGGCUGGGGCGGUGGUGGAGGGCGCGGAGAGGGCCUCGUCGGUAGACGUCGGUGCUUGUGACGUGCUUGAGGCGUCUGGUUCUGAGGGGGUGGGGGACGUGGAAGAGCCGGGCCACCAUGAGGACCAGGACGACGACGUCGUCUUGGGCGCGGCGGCUGGGGGCUGUUGGGUCGCCGGCUGAUUUGAGGGAGGAUUGGAGUUGUCCGUGGCAUUUCUUGCGUUCCGGAGCCCCCCCGCCAGCUCCUCAAGGAACUUUGUGAUCUCCGGGUCUGUCUCUGGCGAGGACGUCGAGGCCUGCGGUGGCUGUUGCGCCGCGGGUGCUUGCCCUUCGCUUUGCGAUGUCGCGGGCUUCUCGGGAGCCGACUUGCCCCAGAGCCACCCCAUUGUGCGGCGAGUCGGGUCUCUGGUGGUGGAUGUGAAGCUGCUGGAAGGAGCUGAGGCGGGGCAGCUCGAGGGCGGCAGCAGAGACAGCAGCAAUCAAAUUGGUCUCGGGGGUUUAUUGGUGUACUUGGUGUACAUUUCCUUCCGCCGUCGCAGAAGCUAUAGCUGGG